UUCCCUCAAAGGCUAGGGUCCCAGGACCUGGGAAGUAGGCACUCCACUGUCGGCUACACACGCCUGGUGCGCCAGAAGUGUUUAGCAUCUUGGGUUGCGGAUCCGAGCGGAGACCGCGCGGCACACUUGGCCAUCCUUCUGGAGGUUCUGCUCUGUUAGUGGGAGGAUUCGGCAGGCGCCGCGCGGAGUUUCCCGGCCCUUCCCAACAGUCUCUCUGGAAGCCCGCACCCGCUUUGGUGAACUAUCGAAACUCUAACGCCGGGACCCGGCGUACCACAAGGACUCCCAGGAUGGCCACCCGCGCGGGCAGUACAGCCAAGUCCUGCAACUUCCAGAGGGUACCCACACAGUCCCUCAAGCUGCUGUUCCUGCUGCUCCUUCUGUCACUGGUAAGCCGCGUCUUCACACAGCCUGUUGCCCCCGGCGCAGCACUUCUGUCCCCGAGUCUCUCCGGGACUUCAGGGGUCCCUAAAGAGGACGCUAUUGUGGUGUCGAACCGCGGGAUCCGGGUGCCCUUCGGUCGCGAAGUCUGGCUGGACCCGCUGCGUGACUUGGUGCUGCAGGUGCAGCCUGGAGACCGCUGCACAGUGACGGUGCUAGACAACGACGCGCUGGCCCAGCGGCCUGGCCGCUUAAGUCCCAAGCGCUUCGCGUGCGACUAUGGCCCGGGCGAGGUGCGCUACUCACACCUGGGUGCUCGCAGCCCUUCGCGCGACCGCGUCCGGCUGCAGCUGCGCUACGAUGCUCCAGGAGGGGCCAUAGUCCUGCCGUUGGCACUGGAGGUGGAAGUGGUCUUUACCCAGCUGGAGGUUGUGACUCGGAACUUACCUCUGGUCGUGGAAGAAUUGCUAGGGACCAGCAAUGCCCUGGACGCUCGGAGCUUAGAGUUUGCCUACCAGCCUGAAACUGAGGAGUGCCGCGUGGGCAUCUUGUCAGGUUUGAGCGCUUUGCCACGUUAUGGAGAACUCCUUCGCUACCCGCAGGUCCCGGGAGGAGGCAGACAGGGAGGGACCCCUGAAGCCUACAUGAUGGAUUGCAAAGAAUUCCAGGAGCUGGGAGUGCGCUACCGCCACACAGCCCCCAGUCGCUCACCUAACAGGGACUGGCUGCCUAUGGUGGUGGAGCUACAUUCGCGAGGGGCUCCUGUAGGCAGCCCAGCUUUAAAACGCGAGCACUUCCAGGUGCUUGUAAGGAUCCGGGGAGGAAUGGAGAACACUGCACCCAAGCCUAGUUUUGUGGCCAUGAUGAUGAUGGAGGUGGACCAGUUCGUAUUGACUGCUCUGACUCCAGACAUGCUGGCUGCAGAGGACGCUGAAUCCAACCCAGACCUUUUGAUUUUCAACCUCACCUCUGCCUUCCAGCCUGGGCAGGGCUACUUGGUGAGCACUGAUGACCGAAGCCUGCCUCUCUCCUCCUUCACCCAACGGGAUUUGCGCCUGCUGAAGAUUGCCUACCAGCCUCCCUCUGAGGAUUCUGAUCAGGAGCGACUGUUUGAACUAGAGCUGGAGGUAGUGGACCCUGAAGGAGCAGCCUCAGACCCUUUUGCCUUCAUGGUGGUGGUUAAGCCCAUGAAUACACUGGCCCCAGUGGUCACGCGAAACACUGGCCUUAUUCUCUAUGAGGGUCAAUAUCGGCCGCUCACGGGUCCUGUAGGCAGCGGACUCCAGAACUUGGUCAUCAGUGAUGAAGAUGACCUAGAAGCUGUGAGACUGGAGGUGGUGGCUGGGCUCCGGCAUGGCCACCUUGUUAUUCUGGGCUCUCCCAGUAGUGACUCUGCUCCCAAGGCCUUCACAGUGGCUGAGCUGGCAGCUGGCCAGGUUGUCUACCAGCACGAUGACAGAGACGGUUCACUGAGUGACAACUUGGUUCUGCGCAUGUCAGAUGGAGGAGGCAGGCACCAGGUCCAGUUCCUGUUCCCCAUUACUUUAGUGCCUGUGGAUGACCAGCCACCUGUCCUGAACGCCAACACUGGGCUGACACUGGCAGAGGGUGAAACUGUGCCGAUACCGCCCUUGACUCUGAGCGCAACCGAUGUGGAUUCAGAUGACUCUCAGCUGCUUUUUGUCCUGGUGUCACCCUUCUCAAGCACAGGGCACCUGCUUCUGCGCCAGACUCAUGCUCCCAAGGAAGAGCAGGGUCUGUGGCAGAAACAAGGGUCAUUUUAUGAGCGAACAGUGACCGAAUGGCAGCAACAGGAUAUAACAGAGGGAAAGUUGUUCUACAGGCAUGUGGGGCCACACAGCCCCGGGCCAGUGAUGGACCAGUUCAUGUUUAGAGUCCAAGACAACCAUGACCCUCCUAAUCAGUCUGGGAUCCAGAGGUUUGUGAUCCGGAUUCAUCCUGUGGACCGCCUCCCUCCACAGCUGGGCAGUGGCUGCCCCCUUCGGAUGGUGGUCCAGGAAUCCCAGCUCACACCACUAAGAAAAAAGUGGCUGCACUACACCGACCUGGACACAGAUGACCGAGAGCUACACUACACAGUGACCCAGCCUCCCACGGACACAGAUGAAAACCACUCGCCAGCCCCACUAGGCACUUUGGUCUUCACUGAUGAUCCCUCAGUGGUGGUGACCCAUUUUACCCAAGCCCAGGUCAAUCAUCAUAAAAUUGCUUACAGGCCUCCUGGGCAGGAGUUGGGCGUGGCAGCUAGGGUAGCCCAGUUCCAGUUCCAAGUAGAGGAUCGAGCCGGGAAUGUGGCUCCUGGCACCUUCACCCUUUACCUGCAGCCUGUGGAUAACCAGCCCCCAGAGAUUGUCAACACUGGCUUCACUGUUGAGAAGAAGGGCCACCACAUCCUCCGUGAGACUGAGUUGCAUGUGAAUGACAUUGACACCGAUGUGGCCUACAUCUCUUUCACUCUCACACAGGCCCCCAGACACGGCCACAUGCAGCUAUCUGGGCAGACACUACAUGUCGGAGAACACUUCCGCUUAGAGGACAUCAAGAAUGGCAGAAUUUCCUAUUUGAGUAAGGGGGAUGAAUCUUCGACUGACAGCUGCUCGCUGGAGGUCAGUGACAGACACCAUGUGGUGCCAAUCACUCUCAGAGUGAGUGUUCGCCAGGUGGAUCGAGAAGGUCCUAUGGCAAUCCUUCCUGCGGGUACUCUGGAGUCCUAUCUAGAUGUCUUAGAAAAUGGGGCUACUGAAAUCACUGCCAAUAUCAUUAAGGGGGCUUAUCAGGAUACUGAUGACUUGAUGUUGACUUUCCUGUUGGAAGAUCCACCCUCAUAUGGGGAAAUUCUGGUCAAUGGAGCGCCCGCUGAGCGGUUCACCCAGAGGGACAUUCUGGAGGGCUCUGUUGUCUAUGCUCACACCAGUGGUGAGAUCGGCCUGUUGCCCAAAGCAGACUCUUUUAACUUGAGUCUGUCAGCUACGUCUCAAGAAUGGAGAAUUGGUAGCAGUAUUAUUCAAGGUGUUACUGUGUGGGUAACCAUCCUCCCUGUGGACAGCCAAGCCCCUGAGAUUUCUGUGGGUGAGCAGUUUGUAGUACUGGAAGGUGACAAGAGUAUGAUAGGCCUCACCCACCUAAAUGUUGAGGACGUGGACUCCCUGAAUGACGACCUCUUGUGCACACUGGUCAUCCAGCCCAUCUGGGGCUAUGUAGAGAACAUUUCUCCAGCACCAGGCUCAGAGAAGUCGAGAGCUGGGGUUGCCAUAAGUGCCUUCACACUGAAGGAUCUCAGGCAAGGACACAUUAACUAUGUCCAGAGUGUCCACAGAGGAGUGGAGCCUGUUGAAGACCGCUUUGUAUUCCGUUGUUCUGAUGGCAUUAACUUCUCCGAAAGACAGCUUUUCCCCAUUGUCAUCAUUCCUGCCAAUGACGAGCAGCCAGAAAUGUUCAUGAGGGAAUUCAUGGUGAUGGAAGGCAUGAGUCUGGUGGUGGACACGCCCAUCCUCAAUGCUGCGGAUGCUGACAUCCCCGCAGAUGAUUUAACUUUCACCGUUACCCGCUUUCCGACUCAUGGGCACAUCAUGAACCAGCUGCUCAAUGGCACUGUGUUGGUCGAAAGCUUCACCCUGGAGCAGAUUAGAGAGAGUUCCAGCAUUAUUUAUGAGCACGAUGACUCUGAGACACAAGAGGACAGUUUUGUGAUUAAACUGACAGAUGGGAAGCACUCUGUGGAGAAGAUGGUCCUCGUUGUGGUCAUCCCUGUUGAUGAUGAGACCCCCAGGAUGACCAUCAACAAUGGGCUAGAAAUAGAAGUUGGGGAAACCAAAGUUAUCAACAACAAAAUACUAAUGGCAACCGAUUUAGACUCUGAUGACAAAUCAUUGGUUUAUAUUAUUCGUUAUGGACCAGGACAUGGCUUGUUACAGAGGCGAAAACUUACAGGUGCCUUUGAAAAUAUCACCCUAGGUAUGAAUUUUACCCAGGAUGAAGUGGACAGAAGUUUAAUUCAAUAUGUCCAUUUUGGGCAAGAGGGCAUUCGAGACCUAAUUAAAUUUGAUGUGACAGAUGGAACAAAUGCCCUUAUAGAUCGGUACUUUUAUGUGUCCAUCGGAAGUGUUGACAUUGUCUUCCCUGAUGUGAUAAGUAAGGGAGUGUCCUUGAAAGAAGGUGGCAAAGUCACUCUUACAACAGACCUACUGAGCACGAGUGACUUGAAUAGUCCUGAUGAGAACUUAGUCUUCACCAUCACCAGGGCUCCUAUGAGAGGUCACUUGGAGUGCACAGAUCAAAGAGGAAUGUCCAUCACUUCUUUCACUCAGCUCCAGCUUGCUGGUAACAAAAUCUACUACAUACACACAGCUGAGGAUGAGGUCAAAAUGGACAGUUUUGAGUUUCAAGUCACCGAUGGACGCAACCCUGUCUUCCGAACCUUCCGGAUCUCUAUCAGUGACGUAGACAACAAAAAGCCAGUGGUCACCAUCCACAACUUGGUGGUCAGUGAAGGUGAGAGUAAGCUGAUCACUCCCUUUGAACUCACUGUGGAAGACAGAGACACACCUGACAGGCUCCUAAAAUUCACUGUCACCCAGGUCCCUGUUCACGGUCACCUCCUAUUCAAUAAUACUAGAUCUGUCAUGGUUUUUACUAAGCAAGACUUGAACGAAAACUUAAUCAGCUACAAACAUGAUGGCUCAGAGUCCACAGAAGACAGCUUCUCCUUCACGGUGACAGACGGCACCCACUCUGACUUCUAUGUUUUUCCGGAUACGGUGUUUGAAACUAGGAGACCUCAAGUGAUGAAAAUCCAGGUGCUAGCUGUUGACAACAGUGUCCCCCAAAUUGUGGUGAACAAAGGAGCUUCUACACUUCGUACUCUGGCCACUGGCCAUUUGGGGUUCAUGAUCACCAGCAAAAUACUGAAAGUGGAGGACAGAGACAGUGUGCAUUUUUCUCUCCGGUUCAUUGUGACAGAAGCCCCCCAACAUGGUUACCUUCUCAACCUGGGCCAAGGUAACCACAGCAUCACACAGUUUACCCAAGCUGACAUCGAUGACAUGAAAGUAUGCUAUGUCUUGAGAGAGAGAACGAAUGCCACAAGUGAUGUGUUCCGCUUCCUAGUGGAAGAUGAUGGUGGAAACAGGUUGACCAACCAGCAUUUUCGACUGAAUUGGGCAUGGAUCUCCUUUGAAAAGGAAUAUUACUUGAUCAACGAAGAUUCCAAAUUUCUAGAUAUUGUUCUUAAACGCAGAGGAUACUUGGGAGAAACUUCAUUUAUAAGCAUCAGCACAAGGGAUGGGACUGCAGAAAAAGACAGAGACUUCAAGGGCAAAGCUCAGAAGCAGGUGCAGUUCAACCCUGGCCAGGCCAGGGCCUCGUGGAGAGUGCGGAUCCUGAGUGACGGCGAACACGAGCACUCGGAGACCUUCCAGGUAGUGCUCUCCGAGCCGGUGCUGGCUGUGCUGGAGUUUCCCACAGUGACUACGGUGGAGAUCGUCGACCCGGGCGAUGAAUCGACUGUGUUUGUUCCCCAGUCUGAGUACUCGGUUGAAGAAGAUGUGGGGGAGCUGUUCAUUCCUAUCAGGAGGAGUGGAGACAUCAGCCAGGAGCUGAUGGUGAUCUGCUAUACACGGCAAGGGACAGCGACAAGCACCGUGAGGACAUCCGUGCUGUCCUACUCUGACUACAUCUCCAGGCCUGAGGACCACAGCAGCGUGGUCCGCUUUGACAAAGAGGAACGUGAGAAAAUGUGCCGUGUGGUGAUAAUUGAUGACUCCCUAUACGAGGAGGAGGAGACUUUCCAGGUUCUUCUGAGCAUGCCCAUGGGCGGGAGGAUCGGCGAAAAGUUUCCAGGGGCCACAGUGACCAUCCUCACAGACAAGGACGAUGAACCUGCCUUCUACUUUGGGGACAUCCAGUACUCCGUGGAUGAGAGUGCUGGCUACGUGGAGGUGCAGGUGUGGAGGACAGGUACCGACCUCUCUAGGCCUUCUAGUGUCACUGUGAGGUCCCGGAAAACCGAACCCCCCUCUGCCGAUGCUGGAACAGAUUAUGUGGGAAUCAGUCGCAAUUUGGAUUUUGCACCCGGCGUCAACAUGCAGACUGUUCGCAUUGUCAUUCUGGAUGACUUGGGCAGCCCAGUGCUGGAAGGAGUUGAGAAGUUUGAAUUGGUACUUCGGAUGCCUAUGAACGCUGCCCUCGGCGAGCCCAGCAAGGCCACAGUGUCCAUAAAUGACUCUGCCUCAGACUUGCCUAAAAUGCAGUUCAAAGAAAGAGUGUACACUUGCAGUGAAAAUGAUGGACGUGUAGUCGCAAUGAUCUACAGGAGCGGCGACGUCCAGCACAGGUCUUCUGUGAGAUGCUACACAAGGCAGGGGUCUGCACAGGUGAUGAUGGACUUUGAAGAACGCCCAAAUACCGAUGCCUCCCUUGUUACAUUCCUCCCUGGUGAGACAGAGAAGCCCUGUGCCCUUGAGCUGAUGGACGAUGACCUGUUUGAGGACGUGGAGGAGCUGCGCCUGGUGCUCGGCACACCUCAGAGCAGCUCGACCUUUGGGGCUGCCGUCGGCGAACAGAAUGAGACUCUGAUAAAAAUCCAGGACGGUGCUGACAAAGCUGUAAUCAAAUUUGGAGAAACCAAAUUUAGUGUCACUGAACCCAGUGAACCAGGAGAGUCGGUGGUUGUCAAAAUUCCAGUGAUCCGCCAAGGAGACACUUCAAAGAUUUCCAUCGUGCGAGUUCACACCAAGGAUGGCUCGGCCACCUCGGGAGAGGAUUAUCAUCCUGUGUCAGAAGAAAUCGAGUUUAAGGAAGGGGAAGCCCAGCACAUCGUUGAAAUUGAAGUCAUCUUCGAUGGGGUAAGAGAGAUGAGGGAGGCCUUCACUGUUCACCUAAAACCGGAUGAAAAUAUGGUAGCAGAGACACAGGCAACCAAGGCCAUUGUAUAUAUAGAAGAAGUCAACAGCAUGGCAGAUGUCACUUUUCCUUCUGUCCCUCACAUUGUGUCCUUGCUGAUAUAUGAUGACACUUCCAAAGCCAGGGAGGACACUGGACCUGUGUCUGGCUACCCUGUUGUCUGCAUUACGGCCUGCAACCCCAAAUAUCCAGAUUAUGACAGAACAGGCUCUAUUUGUGCCAGUGAGAACAUCAAUGACACUUUGACCAGAUACAGAUGGCUGAUUAGCGCUCCCGCUGGCCCGGAUGGUGUAACCAGCCCCAUGAGAGAGGUAGACUUCGACACCUUUUUCACAUCAUCCAAAAUGAUCACAUUAGACUCCAUAUACUUUCAGCCAGGCUCCCGGGUCCAGUGUGCUGCUCGUGCAGUGAACACCAAUGGGAAGGAAGGCCUGGAACUCACGAGCCCCAUCGUCACCAUUGGCAGAGAGGAAGGUCUCUGUCAGCCCCGUGUGCCUGGGGUAGUGGGGGCGGAGCCAUUCUCAGCUAAGUUGCGCUAUACUGGUUCCGAGGACCCAGACUUUCCAAACCUCAUCAAGCUCACCGUCACGAUGCCACACAUAGACGGCAUGCUGCCCGUCAUCUCCACGAGAGAGCUGUCCAACUUUGAGCUGACCCUCAGCCCUGAUGGCACAAGAGUUGGGAACCACAAAUGCUCCAACCUGCUGGACUACAAUGAAGUGAAGACCCACCACGGCUUCCUGACAAACGCCACGAAGAAUCCGGAGGUUAUUGGGGAGACCUAUCCUUACCAGUACAGUGUACCUGUGAGGGGUUCCAGCACCUUACGCUUCUACCGAAACCUGAACCUGGAGGCCUGUCUGUGGGAGUUUGUCAGCUACUAUGACAUGUCGGAGCUCCUGGCAGACUGUGGAGGAACCAUCGGGACAGAUGGCCAGGUCCUAAACCUAGUGCAGUCCUACGUGACCCUUCGAGUUCCUCUGUACGUUUCCUAUGUGUUCCAUUCCCCUGUUGGGGUGGGAGGCUGGCAGCAUUUCGACUUGAAGUCAGAACUGCGGCUCACGUUCGUGUACGACACUGCCAUCUUGUGGAACCACGGGAUCGGCAGCCCCCCAGAGGCCGAACUCCAAGGCUCUCUCUAUCCGACCAGCAUGCGCAUUGGUGAGGAGGGACGCCUGGCUGUAAACUUCAAGACCGAGGCUCAGUUCCAUGGCUUAUUUGUGCUGUCACAUCCUGCCUCCUUCACCAGCUCAUUGAUCGCGUCAGCUGACCAUCCAGGUCUCACUUUCACCCUCCGCCUCAUACGCAGCGAACCAACCUAUAACCAGCCCGUCCAGCAAUGGAGUUUCAUGUCAGACUUUGCAGUUCGCGACUACUCAGGUACCUACACGGUAAAGUUGGUGCCCUGUACCGCCCCAUCCAACCAGGAGUACCGUCUGCCGGUCACCUGCAACCCCAGAGAGCCUGUCACCUUUGACCUUGACAUUCGAUUCCAACAGGUCAGUGAUCCAGUGGCAGCUGAGUUCAGCCUGAACACCCACAUGUAUCUGCUGUCUAAGAAGAGUCUCUGGUUGUCUGAUGGGUCCAUGGGAUUUGGGCAGGAGAGUGACGUUGCUUUUGCAGAAGGUGAUGUGAUUUAUGGUCGUGUCAUGGUGGACCCUGUCCAGAACCUUGGUGAUUCCUUUCACUGCAGUAUUGAGAAGGUGUUCUUAUGCACAGGGGAUGAUGGCUAUGUGCCAAAGUACAGCCCAGCGAAUGAAGAGUACGGCUGCCUGGCUGAUUCGCCUUCGCUCUUACAUAGAUUCAAAAUUGUGGAUAAGGCUCAGCCAGAGACACAGGCGACCAGCUUUGGAGAUGUCCUGUUUAAUGCCAGACUGGCAGUGGAUGACCCUGAAGCCAUUCUCUUAGUGAAUCAGCCUGGAUCAGAUGGUUUUAAAGUCGACUCCACACCACUCUUUCAAGUGGCCUUGGGCCGAGAAUGGUACAUACACACAAUCUAUACAGUCAAAUCAAAGGACAGUACCCAUCGAGGCAUUGGCAAGAGGAGCCUGGAGUUCCGGUACCACUCCGUGGUACAGCAGGGACAGCCCCAGACAACUACCAGGAGCUGGAAGAAGAGAGCAGCCAGGAGCGCACCCUCACUGGCGGGGGAAAUCGGAGCUGAGAACAACCGGGGAACAAAUAUCCAGCAUAUCUCCCUGGACCGCCGUGACAAGAGGCAGGUCCCCCAUGGAAGAAUUCCUCCUGAUGGCAUCCUGCCCUGGGAGCUCAAUAGUCCCAGCGCUGACAUCAGCCUUGUCACUGUCCUAGGAGGUAUCGCGGUGGGAUUGCUCACUGUCUGCCUGGCCGUAGCUGUAGCGGUCGUGUGCAAGAACAAGAGGAUCAGGGGCAAGCAUGCUCCCAAGGGCUCUGGGAGCACGGAGCCCAUGAUGGCCCCACAGAACCAAUGUAACGACAGCUCGGAGGUGUGAAAACCUUCUCUUCAUGGGCCUCGGAAGACUGUGAGGGAUACCCAAUGGCUUGGGAUCAUCUGCAGAGAGCUGAGGACUUUCUGUGACAAAGGUGCUCAGAGUCCCUAUGUUAAAAGAUUUUUCACUUGAACUCCAUUGCAUCGUGCAGGCAUCAAAGGACAAAUUCAGGCCACUUCUUUCCUGCUGCCAAGAAGGCAUCCAGGAUGCUUAGAGCCUUGGCUGGCUGGCAGGGGAGGUGCUUCUGGUUUUAGGCAUCGGUAGAGAUGAACCUACUCAGAGGUGCUUAAGGACUCUCUGGGAAGUCUGAGAGAUGUUAGCCAUUACUCUCUUGUUACUUUAGUGUGAAUUUUGAAGAUGCAAUUCUCACAUUGUCUAUUCUUUGUAUAACUGAAAGGUUUGAAUUGGUAGUUCAGGAAGGUGAUGAACACACUGUUAUGACAAGUUUUCUAAUCCAUGAAGAUAGCGCGAAGUCAUGACUAGGGCCAGCUCAACCCACAAAUCACCUCUUACUAUUGGGAAAACAUAGAAGGAAUGAGUAGAAAAAAAGGGAAACUCAUUUGGAUCUGAAUUGCUUCUCAUUUCCCUCAGACCUCCUUUGUCUCGUUUGCUUAUUUAACAUUAACUUAAAACCAAAGAAUAUAUUAAUUCUGGAAAUGAUUUUAAGAGACUGAUAUGUUGGGUAGAUAUUAGCAGCCAAGCUCUUGCUACUUGGCCUCACUGGUUGUAGUUGUAGAGAUGUAG